AUGUAAAAUUAAAAGGAAAUUCUCCAAUAUGAGGCUAUGUUAUACAUCGAACCAUACAUGGAUCAACAGACAGAAGAGAUCAAUAAGAGAGACUUGUUGAACAUGUGUAUUGAUCGAAUUAAAGCAUAUUAGAAAGUGAAUUAGUAUAAUGAUAAUUCUAAUCUUAUAGGCUGUUUAGUUAGUUAGAGGAGAAUGAUUAACAAAAAGAUCCACUAAAACAAAAGGAAUUGCAUUCCAAGGCUAUCAAACUUUAUAAUGAAUAUUCUUGUUACGAGGGAAAAGACAAGUUUUGGAUUGAUGAUAAUGCCGCGCACUUUUUUUUAGAAUUGGCAUAUUCAGAAUCAGAUGAAAAGAUCAACGAAUUCAUUAAAUAUUAAAGACACUUAUUUUAAAUACGAUGCGAGGCAUAAUUAGAGAAUGAGUAAACAAAUGAAAGAUUAUUAAAAAUCUACAAGAAGUUAUUGGGAGACAAUGAAAUCACCAAAAUAUCUAAGCAAGAGUGGGAUGAAGAUAUACCAAAACAAUUACGAUUACCCAAUCAAGUUGAUCAAUCCAAUAAAUUGGGAAAUUAUGUAAUAUUGGGAACUGGCAAAUCAUAACUAAGAAAUUUUAAUAAUGUUAAUACUUACUUAAAGUUCUUUAAAGUAUUCAUUUUCCCAAUAUUUAGACUCCCUUUUACAAUGUGUUGCAUUCAGUUUCAUCUAUUCAUACAUUUCUGAAGAAUGGCUUUGCAUAUAUAUACGAAGAUGAAUUGUAAGUAAACAAUUGAUGACCUUAGGAAAAACUGCUUAUUGGAUGUAUUUUUGGGCAAAAUGAGGAAGAGAAUGCAGGCUAAUUAAUACAAAUUCUAAUAUGAGGAAUUGAUGAAAAAUGAUGAGAUAGUUAAAAUGUUUAAGAAAAUUCAACAAACCGAUUCUGGGAUGUUGAGUCAAAAACUUUAGAAUUUUGAGUAAGACUCUUUAAAUGCUUUGACAGUGAGACAAUAAUCAAAGGAGUAAGAUGAUGAAGUAUAUAUGAUAGCCAUUUUCCACUUUGUAUGGAGUAUUUGAUUGAUAGAUUAGAGGUUAAUCAUCAUUUAAAGCAUAGUGGAAGAUAACAGAUCCAAUUAUUCUUUAAAUCAGCAGGAAUGAAGGUUAAUGAAGCCAUUAAGUAUAUGAAGAGUAAGUAUAAAUAAUAAUAAUAGUGCAAUUCCAAUAGAAGAUAAGUGAAUAGGAUUUCAAUAAGAAUUAUUUGUACAAUAUUCGACACAAUUAUGGAUUGGAGGGGAAGAGAGAGAACUACCAGUGUUACAGUUGUUCAUACAAUAUGGUAGCAGAAUAGAAUUAUGAAAUAGAAAUAAAAUCCAGGGAAUGAUGAAUAUCAUGGAUGCCCAAUUAAGAAUUUCAAUUCGGAUGUCUUGGAAAAAUACUUAAAAUCAAAGAGUUACGAGGAGACAGAUAUUAAGAAAAUCAUUGAGUUAAAAAAGGGAAAUCACUUCUAAUUGGCUUGUACUGAGAUCUGGCAUUUAAAGAACAAGGGGAAUCAGACUGGUUUAAUUAUUGAUAAUCCAAUUGUGUUUUAUAGGGAAUCCCUGAAUCAUCAUAAGAAGGUGUAAUUGAAAAUUGAAACUGAGGAACCAGCACAUUGAUCACAC